AUGACUCUCACUCAAAUUCCGAAACAUACGGGCAUCUCGACACCCACAAUAUAUCGUAUACUCGAAAAUUGGAGGCAUCUUAGGACAGUGACACCGGGAACUACAGCAGUGGGACGUCCUCGGGAACUGACACAUUACGACUUCGACUUUAUUGAGGGUCUUGUUGAGCGCCAACCCGAUAUCUAUUUAUCAGAGAUCCGACAUGCCCUACAAUCAGUCCUCGACUUGGAUGUCUCUCUCAGCACCGUAUCCCGUUCACUUCUACGUCGCGGACUCUUGCGCAAGCAACUCACGGUCGCGAGCGCAACAAGUCGCAUUGUAACAGACACACCACAAAUCGGCGAUGGGGUUGGGCUCCAGUUGGAGAUCGGGCUCGUAGACAUGACUUCUUUGUAUUCCAUUUUACCAGCAAUUUCACUCGAGGGCGUACUUCAUCUCGAUAAUAUUCACGGCCGACCAGUCUCUGACUCACAACGAAGCGCAUUCAGCCAAACCGUGUACGGACUUUUCAACGAACUUCAUUCCGCUGGACUGGAUCCGCCGACCUGGAGCAAACGGCAAGCCACCGCUGGGGAAUAUGUUUGCCAACAGCUUUUGAAACAACACCGCGAGUUCCACUACUGCGAGGAUGGCAAGUACAAGGCAAGCUUAUAUGCAAGCAUCAAAUUCCCCGACUGGAACCGGGAUUCGCGGCAGACUGGCAAGCUGGCCGAGCGUAGUGAGGCGUCACGACACCUUUUUUCGACCUUACCGCCACCUGCGCCAAAGCGCCACCGAAAGCAGGCUAUCAAGCAACGAAAAAUCAAGGUCGAGACAGACAGCAACUUCAUUGAUUUGAGUCUCGAUGCGGAGGAUACUGAAUUAGAGGACCACGGGCAUCUGCAUGCCCCAGUGCCCAAGAAACCAUCCGUCGGGGCUCUUGCCUCAUGGCAAAUGCCUCCCUCAGGCUCUACGACACCUCCAGUGAUGCGGACACCACCCCUCGAUAUUCCGAGGUCGCCUACUCCUGUAUAUGAGCCACCACCAGCCGCAGACCACUCUAACGCCGCAUCUCGGGCUCCCACUCUAGCACCACCAGUAUCCCGCCCUUUGACUGUGUCUCACGCCAUGACACCCUUCGAACCUACUGUGCAGGACUCCCCUGAGAGACCUCUUGCUUCCACCCACGGCGAGUUACUGGGUACGGAUUUGGGUGCAAUCAACAGGCCACCACGAAUUCGAGAGAAACCUACGAGGCCCCGCCGUGUCGACAACCUGGCAGGCUUAUUCGUGCCUCGUUCUGCAGCGACACCCCCAGUUCCCAGGCCGACAAUAGUUCUACCACCAGUCCAACCCAUAACAGCUGCAACCACAAACGACGACCUGCCAUUGGGACCGUCUUCGGACUCACCUCACGCCGGAUGCUCCAGCAAUCUUAAGUUCCCACCACCACCUCCGGAUGCGAGAGUGACGAAGAAACGAACCCCAGUCAAGCCCAACGGCUCGUCAACACAGCGGAACCUUUACCUUAUGGAGUACCUACAGCAUCAUCCCCAGACAACAGCGCAAGAAUUCAAGGUCGUGUGGGAUACAUUGGUUCAAGCAGAGGUCAAACAGGAAUACAAACGGCUUGCGAGCCAAGACCAGGCCUCAAACUAG